AUGGAUCAUCCGCAGAAUCAUUCCUUCCCGACCCCUCCUACCUCCGCAGCCUCUCCUGCGCCGAGCACCGCCUCGCUGGGCAACCGGACGUCUUCUCUCCCAACCCCGCGUUCGCACCGUCUGCAGCCGGGGUCGCAGAAGGAGAUCGCCCUCAUAAACUACUUGGACGACCGCAUCUUGAAAAUCACACGGCGAUAUGCCAAAAAGUUCAGCCACGAGGGGCUCGAGAGAGACGACACGCCGGGCUAUACGACCUACGACGAGUUUGUGGCCGACGUCGAUCCUCUGGUGGACGUUGUCUGGAUAAGCGGCACCCCGACCAUCCAGAUCCCCUACCUGCUGUCUCUCGCGGGAUUGGCAUGCAACUAUCUCGAGGCCUUUCCCUUCUCGACCUCGGUGUUCUCUCUCACGAGCAAGAUUGAUCAGGGGUUUGCGACCCUGCUGCAACCCCCAGAGAAUAACACCUUCUCGGCCACCAUACCCUACCAGGUCUCCAUGACUGAAAAAGUACGCAUCAAGUCGCUCAUCGAGGAGACCCGUGUUGCCGCCGUGAAUGCCGCGUCGGGCAGUGGUCACGACGCUCGAAUCCACGACCUCUCCGAGACGGAGACGGAAGACGAUGACAAGGACGCAGAGGAAGACGAUGAGCAACAGCAGAACAUGUCUAUAUCGCUUGGACUGUCCCGGAUAUACAAAAGGACGUUGGAGAUUCUGGGCGAUUCGCUGGUCGCAGAUGUCGUGCUUCAGACCCAGAGCAAUGAUUGA